GUCAAAUGGUUGUCAGAGAAACUGCGAAUGCUCGGCGGAGCAGUGUUAUUUGUUCAAUAUAUUAAGCCUUAAAAGAUAAGGAAAACUAGGUAUUUACAAUAAAAAAUGUUUUGAUGUUCGUGUAUGUAUCUUAAGGACUUGAAGUGUUACGCUGUAAAACUUUGAAAUAGAGAGUGAAGUGCUAAAAAUGUCUGCAAGUGAGCAGGAUUUCAGUGAAUCUUCCAACAUGGGUUCUCCAGGGUCACAAGGCGAUUCUCCUUACUCCUCGCCGUCUCAACAGGUGCCUCAUUUGGUGAAUGUCUUCUCUGGGAUCACAUGUGCUGACGAAAUGUCUUUACAUGCUGAUGGAAAGAGACCGUAUCUUCGCGUUGUGGAACAACCACAGAACUACUUCCGAUUCCGUUACAAGAGUGAGAUGGUGGGAACCCACGGUUGUCUUCUUGGAAAGUCUACUUCAUCUAACAAAACUAGAACUCAUCCCACUGUUGAGUUAAUGAACUACACAGGCAGGGCUUUGAUCAGGGUGAGGCUGACUCAAGCCGACAAGGAUGAAGAGCAUCCUCACAAACUCCUCGAGGAUGAGCAGGAGGACCGGGAUGUCAGCACCCUAGUGCCAGAACAGGGUAGCUACAAAGUUGGGUUUGCUGGCAUGGGAAUCAUUCACACAGCCAAGAAAGACGUCCCGGCAUUAUUGUUAAAAAAAUACAUGGAAAGGUCGCCAAACAUACCUGUUAUGGAUCUUCGGAUGCAUUGCGAAAACACAGCGAAAACUAUCAACUUGAACAUAGUUCGGCUAAGAUUCAGUGCGCACGAUCUGAAAACCGAUCAGGAGAUCUGCGCUCCUGUGUUCUCCGAUCCUAUUCACAACAUGAAAAGCGCAGCGACGAAUGACUUGAAGAUAUGCCGCAUCAGCAAAUAUUUCGGCAGACCGAGGGGAGGCGAAGAUGUCUUCAUACUCGUUGAGAAGGUUAACAAAAAGAAUAUAAUAAUCCGAUUCUACGAACUGAACGAGCAAGGUGAAGAGGUGUGGACAGCGAAUGGAAACUUCUUGCAGAGCGAUGUGCACCAUCAGUAUGCUGUUGUCUUUAGAACGCCUCCGUACCGGGACUUGAACAUAACCAAGAACGUGAAGGUGUUUAUCGAACUGGUUCGUCCGUCCGACGGGCGCACCAGUGAGCCCAAAGAGUUCGUGUACAAAGCUGAUCAGGUCAUCAAGGCUAAUAAACGAAGGAGGGUCAACUCGACGUUCUCAUCUUACGACAGCUCCUCGGGAGGAUCAAUUAAGAGCAUAGGCGACGUACCGACCACGGUCGAAAUGCUGAACCAGCAGACUGAAAGGAGUGAUCCCAAUGCAAACAUACCUGCGUAUCAAAUAAACUUCCAGAUCCCCCAACUACCGGUAGUUCAACCAACACCAAGCAACGACCUUGCGGACGCGCUGCUCUACGGCGCAGGCGCGCAGUUCACUCCGACCGUGACGCCUAUAAACCCCAUGCUCAGUCAGACCCACGUGCCGGAACCACCUAUCAUAUCACUCAACUCUGCAGAACUGGACAGGCUGAUACACGACCCACAGCUGCCACAGGAAGAACGGAAGAAGUUCUGCGAAAUGGAUUGGUCAGAAUAUAUGCAGUCUUUCGGAGAAAGCCUACCAGAUAAAACUCUGAAUAGUAUGGAAUUCUUACGCACAUCUAUGCAGUUGGUGGCUGAUUCCGGUAAAGGGAUGAGUGUGAAGAAGGAAGUAGUGUCACCAUCCCGCUCAUCGACGGAGGAACGCAAAACGAACAUAUUGGACAAAGCUAAAAGCAGCCAUAUGGGGUAUACGGCCGUAUACACUAACGAAAAUGGAACCGAAGUCAAACAGCUGGUGAAAGAAAUUUGCGAAAUAAUGAAGAACAAGAACGCCUACAAGAAACAAGUGGUGCGCGACAAACUGACGCGACUCUUCUCCAUGCGACUGUCCAAUGGCGAUACAUUCCUCCACAUGGCGUUGAGCAGUAACCAGUCAAGCUUGGAGUACAUGAUCAAACUGGUCCAUUCUAUGAAGAUGGUCCACCUCCUCAACCUGACCAACGAACUACAACAGACCAUUCUACAUCUCGCCGUCAUCAACGACUUGCCCAAACUUGUACCGUUCCUGAUAGCUCAUGGUUGCGACCCUAUGAUGGCUGAUGCGGAAGGGAAUAACGUGAUACACUACGCUGUGGUCUGCCAGAGCUGUUUGAAGCCGCUACUGGAAGCUAUCAAGAGUAACGAUGUCGCUUACGAUCUCGACGCUUACAAUAAUGAGAUGCAGACGGCGCUGCACGUGGCGGCGACGUACGACUCGGAGGCCAGCGUGCGGCUGCUGCUGCGGCACGGCGCGGGCCGCGCGGCGCGCGACGCCGAGGGCCGCACGCCGCUGCACCUGGCCGCCUACGACGACUGCCUCGCCGCCCUGCGGCCGCUGCUGCACCACACGCCCGCCGCGGACAUCGACUUAGUGGACGGGGCAGGCAACACGGCGCUGCAGAUAGUAUGCGGCAAACAGAACAUGGGAAAGAACAAAGAUUCCACCGACAUUUACCAACAAAAACAGACAAUUGUCAAACUGCUGUUGGAAAAGAAGGCGAAUCCUGUAAAGCACGAAGGCAGCAGCAUGUCGGCCUGGCAGCUGGCGCGCGAUAAGCCAGAACUCCGUGAGCUAAUGUCGCAGUACGCGCCGCCGGGGCUCCUCGAAGACGACGUCAAAUCCGAACCCGAGGAUGACUUCGAGUCCGCCGACGAGGGGGAGUCGCAAGAGACGUGCCUACAAGAGCUUCCGCUGUACAUAGCCGAGGUGUCGGCGCUGCUGGACGCGCGCGGCGCUUGGAGACAGCUGGCCACCAAGCUGCAGCUUGACGCGCUGCUGUCCUGGUACGGCAACACGCAGAGCCCCACACGGACGCUGCUGAGCCACGUCAAGGAGGCAGGCGACAACUUAACGUCGAAAUCGCUAGCGAUGUAUUUACAAGACAUGGGCCAGAAUGACGUAGCGGAUAUUAUACGGAGGUACAUCGAUUGACGAAGCAAGUGAGCCACCCCGUGAAGUGAAUAGUGGUGUAAUAAUUUUUACAUAAACACCUACAUAUUUUGUCGAACCUCUCAUCCGCUUAAAACUACUUCUCACAACCUGUAUAGCCGAGGAAAAGUAGCUAGACGUUCUUAAAAUAAAUAUUGGCCUCGAUUCCUGGAGACACAUCCUAAUUUUAUUUUAAGUUAUACCUGUCAUUUUUUUCCGCCUAAAAGGUAAAAUACUGUUAAUUUUAAAAUUAACGAGUUACCCGUAUGUGCAACCCGUUUGAUGUGUGCUGUCAAUUUAAUUCGGUCGGGUUAUUGGCUAAUAUAAAAUUUUGGAAGGGUUUUUUUAAAUUUCUGCCUAAAAUCGACGGGUGUUCCAUAAAUUUUAUAUCUGUCGAUUACCCGUCCCUUUCUUUUCCGCGGGUUAGAAAAUGACAAGUAUAACUUAAAAUUAGAUGGUGUGUACUCGUACAGGAGGGUACCACUGUAAUACAAUUUCAGAUUUCUCUUUUAUUCUUGGUGUUUUUCCAUAAUGCUAUAAAACUUUGAGUAAAAGAGAGAGUACAUUAUCAUGUACAUUCAUGUCUUUGUUUACCUAUAUGCAUUUGUUAAAAUUUGUUUUUAUUUUAAUAAGCCUCCCGCAUCCGGGAACCGAUAACCCGAUUGAACUCGGUGUAUCUUCCAAUCGAAUGAAUUAAUAAUUCAUCAGUUUUUUUUUUAUUCCUGUAAGAUGGUAAGAAGUAAUUUAGUUCUUAUUUCUCAAUUUUAAAGUUAAUUGGUCGUUCAUAUUGUAGUUAUUUAAGUAAUAUUUUUUAUGACGGUCUCUUAGGCACUUUUAACUCUCUCUCUGUCCCAUCGCCGUCGACGAGCGAGUAGCGAACAGUAGAAGAGAAUAGAGUGGGUUCAGAUCUUCCCCCGUAUCCCUGGGCAAGGGUUCUACGUUAUAACCCCGUAGGUCUGGGAAAAUACACUUCUCAUCAAAAAAAUCGAAACACCUUGCAAGUUUACGUUUUGUCAGGAUUAUCAGAAAAAAUGUGUACAUUUAGGAAUAAAUGUUAAAUGUCGUUUAAUAGUGAGUAAUAUGAGCUUAUCAAAUCUUAAUGUUAAUGUUCUAAAUUUAAAUGAAUUUUUCAUAGGUUUCGUAUUUUGUUAAAUUAGUCAUUUUUAUUCCGUAUGGAGUAUAAAGGAAAUGGAUAAAACAACACACGUAAAUGAAAAAAAAAGCUAAAAAACGUUUAUUUAAUAACUUGUAUUCCCUCCCCGAGCUCUAAUUACUGCUUCCAUACGGUUCUUCAUCGAUCGGAUGAGAGUCACGAUCACAUGCUGUGGUAUAUUGUCCCAUUCCUCUUGGAUUGCAUCUUGCAGCUGGCUAAGUGUUUCUGGGGCAGGAUCUCUUGCUCGAAUUCGUCUCUUUAAUUCAUCCCACAGAUGUUCAAUGGGAUUCAUGUCCGGGCUUCUUGCUGGCCAUUCCAUAAUAGAGAUAUCGACUUCGUUAAGAUAAUCUCGUACGACGCCCGCGGUGUGAGCCCUAGCAUUGUCGUGCAUGAAUAUGAAGCCGUUGCCAAUAAAAUGUGCAUAGGGCAUCACAUGAGGCUCGAGACACUCUUCGACGUACCGAUGACAGUUUAGUGCAGGCAGACGUGGCCCAGACACGAAAGCAAGCUCUGUCUUACCGUCGGCGCUGAUUCCUCCCCAAACCGUCCACGAACCGCCACCAUAGCUGACCUUUUCUUCAAUGCAGCAUUGUGCAUAGCGUUCUCCGUCUCUUCUGUAGACCUUGUUCCUUCCGUCGUUACCAUACAGCAUAAUUUUACACUCAUCAGAAAAGAGAACUUUGCUCCACUGUAGGUAUGACCAAUUUAGGUGCUCACGUGCAAAGUUAAGGCGCGCUCUUCGAUGGUCUGCAGUUAAUUUCGGCCCAUUUGCUGGCUUAUGCGGUACCAGUCCACGAUCCUUCAACCUUCUUCUAAUUGUAGAGUCAGUUACAGCCACCCUUCGUACAACACGAAGCCGCUGCUGCAGUUGAAAAGCGUUAAGGCGUCGAUUUCUUAAAGAAGUUGUUACAAUAAAUCGAUCAUCUCGCUCAGAACUGACCCGAUUCCUGCCAGAUCCUGAACGGCGCGUGAACAAACCAGUCUCCCGAUAACGUUUAUAGACUCUAUGAACAGAUGACAGGCUUAGAUGCAGUCUUGCAGCCACAACACGCUGACUAAGGCCAGAAUCAAGCAAUGCCACAACUUGGGCGGCUUCUGUGGGCGAAGUAUCCAUACGUUUUAGAAAAAAAACCUUUUUUCAGACGUCCGAAAGUCACAGUAUUGAAAUAAAAAACAAAAAGUUUAAGGAUAGGCGCCAAUUUUUAGUUUUUAAACGCUAAAUGUACUCCAACCCUAAACACACAUUUGUCUCAAAACAGUGAUUCAUUUCGUUUAUAAGAAAAACAAAUGAAAUUCUAAUUUUGAAUUUAGAAUUUUCGCUUAUUACUGUAAUGGCCAAACUGCCAGCUAUACAUUUAUGUAUUUUUUUUCGUCGUAUGAAUUCUUUUUUGUGUUAAAUUCGGACAGAAACAAUGAAAACGGAAGUGUUUCGAUUUUUUUGAUGAGAAGUGUAUUUUAUUACUUUUUUAUACACUCUUGACCACCAAAAUAAAAGAAAAAAAAUAGGUACAAAAGAGACUGUAUUCUUCUUUAUGUAGGUACAUGGCAAAUGGCGGCCUUAUCGCCUGCAUACUUGAGUCCUUUAUGGUAAAAUUUGAGAUUUGUUGUGGGUUUUAAUAAAUAAGUGUGAAAAGCCAGCGAUUGACUAUUAAUAAUGUAUGUCUUUUACUGGUCCGGGAUCUAUACAUAUAUUUUGUUCGUUUCUUGAGCGAGAAAAUAGCCGAUAGUUAAUCACUUCCUCGCCGGCAAUGGGACAAGUACCUUGUACAAUGUUGCAACACUUUUUAUUACUUAUAAUGUUUAAUAUAUGAAUUAUAAAUGUAAUAUACUCAUAAGAAACUCUGUGAUAAGAAAGUGGCUUUUUAUUCUGUAAGGAUCAAUGUAGUAUCAAUCGUGACAUUUUGAUUUUAGAAAUAAGAGUAAUAUAUUCUAUUGUGUGCUCUAGUGGUUAGAGCGUUAGGCUCACUAUCUGGAGGUCCGGCUUCGAUUCCCGAUGGGGACAUUCUCGAAAUCACUUUGUGAGACUGUCCUUUGUUUGGUAAGGACUUUCCAGGCUUGAAUCACCUGAUUGUCUGAAAAAAUAAGAUGAUUCCGUGCUUCGGAGGGUACGUUAAGCCGUUGGUCGCGGCUAUCAGCCGUAAAAAUACCUCCACCAACCCGCAGUGGAGGAGCGUGGUGGAGUAUGCUCCAUACCCCCUCGGGUUGAUUAAGGGGAGGCCUGUGCCCAGUAGUGGGACGUGUUUAUGUGUAAUAUAAUAUUAUGAAUUUAUUUGGAUUUAUGAAAUGAGCGUCUUGCAAGCUCGUGUGGUUAGUACUAAAGGCUGAUUUUCCAAUAAACGCAUAAAUUAUUAUUUAUCGAUGGAAUAGCAAAAUAUAUUGUAUAAAAAAAUCAAAUAUGGAACAUUCUACGAAUAGACGCUAUGUAAUUAUUGAGAAAUCAGCCCUAAUACAUUUAAGGUAUAGGUGUAAAUUCCGACAGACCGAAUAUAAAAGUUUAAUCUGACAGUUCUAACACUGUUCCGUCGAAAAACAAGGAAGUACUAUGUUCGACAGUAAAAAAUAUUGGUUUCGAUCAAUUAGUUUUAUAUUAUUAUUUUUUCAUCUUCGCUUCCUUUUAAAGUCAAAUAGACAUUUAAGUUUAGCUGUGUAAAGGAAGAAUUAGGUCAUUGUUAUUUUUUCUCAUCGCGUUCGACGCCACUACUGGCAACAGAAAAGUAUCAUCUCUGAAUAUAGGGUCCCGAUGUACGGAACCAAUUUUAUUGUUACUUAAUUAUAUAAAAUACCGGUUUACAAAUUGUUUUUAGAAUAUUUACCUAAUUUUAUUAUAAUUUAAUUUUAAGUUAUACCUGUCGUUUUCUAGAUGAAUGAAUAACCCGGAAACAAAAAAGCAUAUCGCUGAUAUGAAACCCGUUCGACGUGUGCUAUCCAACUUAAUUCUGUCGGGUUAUUUGGUAAUGUAAAAUUUUACAAGGGUUGUUUAAAUUCUUGUCUAUUACCCGUCCCUUUCCUUUUCGGCGGAUAAGAAAAUGACAGAUAUAACUUGAAAUUAGAUGGUGUACUGGAAUCGGUACCAUUAUUGCCAUUAUGAAGCAAGUCGCGGGGUCGUGAAACAUCAGUAGAAUACCACUUAGUUCAUAAGAGCAGAUUUUUUAUAAAUUAAUAUGUAUUAUUUUAUUUUAAAGAGAUGACUUCAAUGACUGGUUCCCGUAUUUGUGUAAUAAAGGUUUCGCCACACCAAAAGCAGUAGCAGCGCGAGCGGCGCAGAAAGAGAUUUACACGAAAACAUCGUAAAAAUAAAUAUAUUGAGGUUUACGCGUUUUCAUCAUAAUUAAAACACAUAAUACCCGAUUCUUACCGCGUUAUUGUCGUCCCGUGAUCAACUGAUCACGCAACUGGUCUGGUCGCUGGUCUUGCAACUGAUAAGAACGCGGUGAGAACCCGGUAUUAACCGUUUUAAUUAUGAAAAAAUGUAUGUAUGAUUUCAAAGACUAAUAUUAAGACGACGAUGUAGGAACUGAUCGCGGUUGUAACGCGGUGAAACUGCCCCACGCUGCCUCCUACCUACUCCAGCUUUUAGCGUGCCGAAGCCUAAUAGAUUAAGUGUUUAGACCCCUUUUAGUGCUUGUUUAAAGAGGUCACAAUUUACGUUGAAAAUUAAAUGUUUUAAGAACGAAGAUUAUUGUUAUAAAGAUUUUGACUACUUUAAA